AUGUAAUAACUUCCAACAUUAAUACCAUAUGAAGAGAUAUAUGAUUUAAAUGCCUUAUAAUUGGAAGAGAUGUAAGCCAGUAUUAAGUCUUAAAUUACAGAUGAUAUUUAAUGGAAUAAAAAAGCAAAAAAAAUAUUAGAUCUAAUAGAAGUUGAACUUAAAGAAAGAUAAGCAAUUCAAAAUUUUGCUUCAAAUUUUUAACUUUAAGAUUUGAUACAAUAACCAAUCUUUUAAAAUAACGCUCUUCAGACUAUUUUAAAUGAUAUUAAGUCAAGACCUAUUAAUUAUUUAGAUUAAAAAUAUUUAAAACCUCCCCUUCCAAGAUAUGAACAAUAAAAACCAAAUGAAUAACCUUAAUAGACUAAUCAAUUAUAUUAAUAAAAUUGCUAAAAAGUUUCAUAAUAAAAAUCAUGUUAAUCUGAUGCUAUGUCUUUAAGUACUGUAACUAGAAGUAGUAAUGCUAAUGCACGAUUAUAAUCUAAGAAACCUAAUUAAAUGUUGGAAAUGAUGAAAGAAGUCUUAAAAAAGACAGAAGUUUCAAAUCAAUAAUUUAUAAUUGGUGCUGUAGUUAAUCAUAGGUAUGUACCUCCACCACCAAAACCUUAAUUAUCAACUGUUGAAAAAAUUAAAUAAGAAAAAUUAUAGAGGAAGAAGAAGAAGAAAAAAUCUAAAUUAGAUAAUUAUAAAUCAUGUAAUGAUCAUAUACCUGAAAUUGUUAAGAAGUAAAAAAAUAUCACAAAACCAUCAUCCUAAUAAGAAAAUGAUGGUUCUAAUAUUCAUUCAUAGACUCCUAAUAUAUUCAAAAAAGAAGUUGACUAAAACUUAAAUUAAAAUGAAGAUCUAGAAAAAAAACAUUAAAAAAUAAAUUAAACUAAAAAUGAUUAAGUAUUAAAAAAAUAGAUUUCAUCGAAUAAUCAACUUAUAGAUUUAAAUGAUGAAACUCUCAAAUCAAAAUAAGUAGAUGAACAAAUUUAUUUGAGAAAAUAAUCAAAUAUUAGUAUUGAAUAAAAUUAGGAUUCUCAAAAUAAAAAAUUUGAAAAUAACACAAAGGAAUAAUAAAAUAAAUUAGAUGGUAUUUAAUAAAUAAAUAAUUUUGGUAAAUCAUAAAAUCCAAGUUUUAUAUCUAAGAAUUCUUCUUAAGAAAAAAUAAAAGAUUAAUAAUCAAGACCUUCAUAACAACCUACUUAAUUUUAAUAAUAAAUCACUAUCUAAAAUUCUAAUUAAAUUUAUGAUGAAAAAUCUUAAUAGCAGGAAUAAGUUAAUAUUAGCAAUUAAUUGAUUCAAAAAUAAAAUACAGAUUUAAUAAGAUAAAAUUCAUUUAACAACUAACUUAUAGGAAAAAAAAAUUAAGAAAUCUUAAAUCUUGAUAAAAAUACUCCUCAAUAAUCAUUAAAUAAAAAUGAAUUUUUAGAGAUAUAAUAUAAGACUAAAAAUGUCUCUUAAUUUGAUCAAUAAAUAAACAAAAAUUAACACAAUUCAAUAAAUGAAAAUUCUUAAGAUAAUUAUUAUGAAGAUAGUUUUUAGUCAGAAGAUGAACCAAAAUAGAUAAAAGAAGAAAUAAAAAAAUAGAAUAAAGAUUCCGAUAAAAAUUAUAAACCUGCAUCAAAAAAGUAAGUACUUUCAAAACACAAUAAAACGUUUGAAUAAUAAAAAUAAAUAGUAAAAGAUAUUAAGCCAGUUGAUUCAAUUUAAUUACAAGAUAAAGACGAAAAGCCUAUUAAAAAAUUACAUAAACAAAAGCCAAUAUCAUAAAAACAAUAGAUUAAAGAUGAAAAAAAAAGUUAACUUAAUCCUUAGUUAAUAGAAAAAUAAGAUUAAGAAGAAGGUAAUAAUUGAUUUUAUUUAGAAAUAAUUGAGGAUUAUAUUGAAAUUGAAAGCGAUAAUGAAGAGAUCAUCCCAAUGAAACAAAAACCCCUUAAAGAAUUAGUUGGAAAGGUCAUUGGAAGAAUUGACUAACCAAAAUAUAAAGGAGUUAUAGAAAUUAAACAAAAGCCAACUUAAACUGAUUAAGAAAAAUUAGAUGAAAUAAAAUAUUUAAGUAAAUAAAUGGGAUUAGAUGAUUUUAAUCAAUAAUAAUAAUAGUAAUAAUAAUAAUAGUAAUAAUAAUAAUAGUAAUAAUAAUAAUAGUAAUAAUAAUAAUAGUAAUAAUAAUAAUAGUAAUAAUAAUAAUCAUAAUAAUAAUAAUCAUAAUAAUAAUAAUAAUAAUAAUAAUAAUAAUAAUAAUAAUAAUAAUAAUAAUAAUAAUAAUAAUAAUAAUAAUAAUAAUAAUAAUAAUAAUAAUAAUAAUAAUAAUAAUAAUAAUAAUAAUAAUAAUAAUAAUAAUAAUAAUAAUAAUAAUAAUAAUAAUAAUAAUAAUAAUAAUAAUAAUAAUAAUAAUAAUAAUAAUAAUAAUAAUAAUAAUAAUAAUAAUAAUAAUAAUAAUAAUAAUAAUAAUAAUAAUAAUAAUAAUAAUAAUAAUAAUAAUAAUAAUAAUAAUAAUAAUAAUAAUAAUAAUAAUAAUAAUAAUAAUAAUAAUAAUAAUAAUAAUAAUAAUAAUAAUAAUAAUAAUAAUAAUAAUAAUAAUAAUAAUAAUAAUAAUAAUAAUAAUAAUAAUAAUAAUAAUAAUAAUAAUAAUAAUAAUAAUAAUAAUAAUAAUAAUAAUAAUAAUAAUAAUAAUAAUAAUAAUAAUAAUAAUAAUAAUAAUAAUAAUAAUAAUAAUAAUAAUAAUAAUAAUAAUAAUAAUAAUAAUAAUAAUAAUAAUAAUAAUAAUAAUAAUAAUAAUAAUAAUAAUAAUAAUAAUAAUAAUAAUAAUAAUAAUAAUCAUAAUAAUCAUAAUAAUAAUAAGAAUAGUCUAAAUAAAUUAUUAAAAAAGUUGUUAAAUAAUAAGAAGUUUAAUAUAAAAAUAUCUAAUCAAAAUAAAUAUAAAAAAUGUUGAAAUUUAUUGAUGAUAAAAAAUUAGAAGAUUAUUCAGAUAUAGUUUCUACAUUUUAAGAUUUAUUUAGCGGAUUUUUUAAUCGUUAAUCUCAUUAUAAUCAUAUAGAGGUUAUGAAAGAAAUUUACAAUGUGUUUUGUUAACAUAUUGAAAAGGUUGACAAUGUUGAUUCACUUUUAGGGAAGUAUAAAUCUAGUUCCUUAGUUAUUAAUCCAAAUGAAUUAAUAUACAUUAAUGACCCUUAACGUUUGAUUUUAUAUGCAACAACAACUGGCGUUGAUAUAUAAUAAUAUAUCUAAAGAUAAAUGAUUUUUAAUAAAAGGCUUUAGAAUGAUGGUUUGGCUUAAGGAAAAGAAGAAAGAUAUUUUAGAGUAGUGAAAACAAAAGAAGAGGUAUAUGGUAUGCAAAUUUGAUAAUAUAGAUAUAAUAACUAGAUCUUUUAUGAGAAAGUAAGGCUGGAGUGAAUUACCACAUGGUAUUGGUCUUCGAACAUCUUGGAAUAUAUUAUGGACUUGGUCAAAACCGCAGAUUGAUCUAAAUAAAUUGUUUUACUUUUAGAAAGUAAAUCAUUUUCCAUUCAAUAAAAAUCUUGGAAGGAAAGAUCUAUUAAAAAAGAAUAUAGAAAGAUGUUAAAGAUAAGGUGGAAAGGCAUAUUAAAUUUUUGAUAUCAUUCCUGCUACUUUUUUGUUGCCAAAAGAAUAUGUUUAGUUUAUGGAAAAAUUUUAUAAAGAUUCUGAAACAGAAGGUCAAUAAAAUAUUUGGAUUAUGAAGCCAACUGGAAAAUCAAGAGGAAGAGGAAUAACAGUAUUAAAUGAUAUGUCUGAAGUUUUGUAUGCAGAACCAGUUGUAUUAUAGAAAUAUUUGAAAAACCCUUUAUUAUUGAAUGGACGUAAAUUCGAUAUGAGAAUAUAUGUAUUAGUAACUUCAUUUAAUCCAUUGGAAGUAUUUUUAUAUAAAGAGGGAUUUGCUAGAUUGACAACAUAAUAAUUUAGUUUAGAGAUUAAUGAACUUAAAAAUUAAUUAAUCCACUUGACUAAUUUUGCAGUAUAAAAAACCCAUGUCUAAAUUUAAGAUUUGGAAUAAUCAUUGGGAGGUUGUAAGAUAUCUCUUAAGUAGUUGAAAGAGAAAUUGGAAACUAAGAAUAUAAAUUGGAAUCAGAUUUGGGAAUAGGUUUAGGAUAUCAUUCUAAAAUCUUUAGUGGCAUGUUAAAUUGAAAUACCAAAUAAUCCUAAUAGUUUUGAAUUAUUUGGUUAUGACAUAAUUAUAGAUACUAAUCUAAAGUGUUGGCUUUUAGAAGUGAAUGCUUCACCUUCAUUAUCUAGAGAUUAUUUAUUAGAUGAAUUAAUAAAAUAAUAAUUGAUUGAUGAUAUAUUUGAUCUACUUGAUUCUCCAAAUUAUGAUAGAUAAAGACUAUGUGAAGUUUUAGAAAGACGAAUUUAAGAGGAGCAAAUGAAUAAAACACAAAAUAAUACUAAAUUAUAAUUAUAAAGAGAUCUUAAUUAUAUUUUAAAUGGCCAACAUAUUAGAAGAUAUGGAGAAAUGCCAAAGAAUUUAGGUGGUUUUAUGAGAUUGGCACCUUCAGAAAAGUAUGAGAAACUUUAAUCAAUUGUUCAAAAUCAAAAAACGAUCAAUGGCAGAGGUACUAUUGAUUGA